CCGACAGCCUGCUUUCCCGCUUCGGCGCUGCCGCACUCCGGGGCCCGCCUGGGGUGGAAUCGUCGGGCCGAGUCAGCCCGGCAGCCUACUCCGUCGGAGGAGAGAAGCGGGGGCGGACGCUGUCGCGCAGGAGGCUGCCGUGAGUCGGGCAGGGCAGGGCGGCCUUGCUGUGUGUGUUUUCCCGAGGGGGGUCCACGCUGUGGUCGGGGGUGGAGAAGCGGAGGAGAAAGCAGGCUUUCUGGGCUGGUUGAAUUUGCCAUGAUUGGCAUGGAUGUCUGAAGGCCACUUUUUUACAAGUACCGGUAUGUUCCAGCUCUUGGCAGCACCAUCUUGAGUGUCUCUGAUGCUGGACAUUUGAAUGCUGAAGCUGGCAGAUCAUUGAGAGGGCUGGCAACAUGUUAUGUUGGGGAAAUGCCUCUUUUGGACAGCUUGGAUUGGGAGGCAUUGAUGAAGAAGUUGUCCUAGAACCCAGAAGAUGCAACUUUUUCAUAAACAAAAAGGUUCGAGAUGUAGGCUGCGGACUAAGACACACUGUGUUUGUCUUGGAUGAUGGGACUGUGUAUACAUGUGGAUGUAAUGAUUUAGGACAAUUAGGACAUGAAAAAUCCAGGAAAAGACCAGAGCAGGUGAGUGCCUUGGAUGCUCAAAAUAUUGUAGCUGUUUCAUGUGGAGACGCCCACACGUUAGCAUUAAAUGACAGUGGUCAAGUCUAUGCUUGGGGUUUUGCUGCAGAUGGACAACUUGGCUUGCCUGGAACUGAGGAGUAUACCAGAGUGCCCAGAAACAUAAAAAGCUUGUCAGACAUCCAAAUAGUUCAGGUUGCCUGCGGCUACUAUCAUUCCCUUGCACUCUCCAAAGGUAGUGAUGUUUUUUCCUGGGGACAGAACAAACAUGGUCAACUAGGUUUAGGUUAUGAAUUCAAAAAGCAGACUUCCCCACAACGGAUAAAAUCUUUGCAAGGGAUACCUUUUGCACAAAUUACAGCAGGCGGAGCACAUAGCUUUGUGCUUACUCUUUCUGGAGCAGUCUUUGGGUGGGGACGCAACAAAUUUGGCCAACUUGGUCUUAAUGAUGAAAAUGAUAGAUAUGUUCCCAAUCUUCUAAAGUCACUAAGAUCCCAGAAAAUUGUUUACAUCUCCUGUGGAGAAGAUCAUACCGCGGCUCUUACAAAGGAAGGUGGGGUGUUUACUUUUGGAGCUGGAGGCUAUGGGCAAUUAGGUCAUAACUCUACUGGCCAUGAGAUAAAUCCAAGAAAAGUUUUUGAACUUAUGGGGAGCAUUGUCACACAGAUUGCUUGUGGAAGGCAGCACACAUCUGCAUUUGUCCCUUCAACUGGAAGAAUUUAUUCUUUUGGUCUUGGAGGCAAUGGACAGUUGGGCAUGGGAUCAACUAGUAACAGGAAAAGUCCCUUCCCAGUGAAAGGAAACUGGCUUCCUUAUAAUGGACAAAUCCCACUAAAUUCAGAUCGUGAAGAAUAUUAUUAUGUACAUAGGAUUUUCUCUGGUGGAGACCAAAGCUUUUCACAUUACGUUACUCUACAGGAUUUGGAACCUCCAGAUGACUUCAGAUACCCAUGUGCUUCGAAGCAAAUCUGGACUGUGAAUGAAGGCUUCAUUCAGAGGUUGCUGCACUGCUCAUCUUCAGGAUCAGGGAGGCUCCCUGCAGAGAUAGCAAAUGAAAUCGACGGAACAUUUUCCUCAGCUGGCUGUCUAAAUGGAAGUUUUUUAGCUAUCAGCCAUGAUGAUCACUAUAGAACUAGUGCCAGAUACUCAGGGAUUGACAUGAAUACUGCUCGACUUCUGUUUCACAAACUUAUACAGCCGGAACAUCCUCAUAUAUCUCAGCAGGUUGCAGCUAGUUUGGAAAAGAACCUUAUUCCUAAACUGACUAGUUCCUUGCCUGAUGUUGAAGCCCUAAGACUGUUUCUAACCCUGCCAGAAUGCCCACUAAUGAGUGAUGCAAACAAUUACAUGACACUAGCCAUCCCAUUUGCAACUGCUAUUGCAAAUCUAGAAAAGGCUCCACUGAAAGUACUUGAAAACUGGUGGUCUGCAUUGGAGCCUCCAUUGUUCCUUAAAAUAGUAGAACUUUACAAGGAUGUUGUUGUCCACCUUCUUAAAUUGUACAAGAUGGGCAUCCCGACUUCAGAGCAAAGAAUCUUCUCUAGCUGCCUGCACUCUUCUCUCAAGGUUUUGGAAAUUUUGCACAGGGUAAAUGAAAGAGGUGGGCAAAUCAUACAAUAUGAUAAGUUCUACAUACAUGAACUACAGGAUUUGAUAGACAUAAGAAGCGACUACUUCCACUGGAUUCAGCAGCAGGCAUAUGGAAUGGAUAUCAGCCAUGGAUUAAAUGAGCUAGCAGAUGUGCCAGUUACAAUUUGCACCUACCCAUUUGUGUUUGAUGCACAGGCAAAGACAACACUCUUGCAGACAGAUGCAGUCUUACAGAUGCAGAUGGCUGUUGACCAGGCUCACAGACAGAAUUUCUCAUCUAUUUUUCUCCCAGUAUUUGAAUCUGUCAAUCCAUGUCUGAUCUUAAUUGUGCGCAGAGACAAUAUUGUGGGGGAUACCAUGGAAGUCCUAAGAAAAACCAAAAAUGUUGACUACAAGAAGCCUCUUAAGGUUAUUUUUGUAGGGGAAGAAGCUGUUGAUGCAGGAGGAGUUCGCAAAGAAUUUUUCUUGCUUAUCAUGAGAGAGCUGUUAGAUCCGAAGUACGGAAUGUUCAGGUAUGAUGAACAAUCGAGGCUCAUCUGGUUUUCAGAUAAGACCUUUGAAGACAGUGACUUGUUUCAUCUGAUUGGUGUUGUCUGUGGGCUAGCAAUAUAUAAUUUUACUAUUGUAGAGCUUCACUUCCCCUUGGCUUUAUAUAAGAAGCUCCUGAACAAGAAACCUUCCCUGGAUGACCUCAAAGAGCUAACGCCUGAUGUUGGCAGGAGUAUGCAGCAAUUAUUGGACUACCCAGAAGAUGAUAUAGAGGAUACCUUUUGCCUCAACUUUACAAUCACUGUUGAAAAUUUUGGUACCACGGAAGUUAAGGAGCUAAUUCCUAAUGGUACUGAUAUUCCUGUUGUCAAACAAAAUAGGCAAGAGUUUGUGAAUGCCUAUGUGGACUACAUCUUCAAUAAAUCUGUGGCUCCUCUUUAUGACGCAUUCCAUGCAGGCUUUCACAAGGUGUGUGGAGGUAAAGUUCUGCAGCUCUUCCAGCCAAAUGAACUGCAAGCAAUGGUGAUUGGGAAUACAAACUAUGAUUGGAAAGAACUAGAGAAGAAUACUCAGUACAAAGGAGAAUAUUGGGCAGAGAAUCCAACAAUUAAAAUGUUCUGGGAAGUUUUUCAUGAGUUACCACUGGAGAAGAAGAAACAGUUUUUAUUAUUUUUGACAGGCAGUGAUCGUAUUCCUAUUCUUGGGAUGAAGAGCCUUAGUCUUGUCAUUCAGCCGACUGGAGGUGGUGAUGAGUAUCUCCCAGUGUCUCACACAUGUUUUAAUCUUCUUGAUCUUCCAAAAUAUACAGAUAAAGAAAUACUCAGAUCUAAGCUGAUCCAGGCUAUUGAUCACAAUGAAGGUUUCAAUUUAGUAUAACUUGCAAAAGCUAAGAACACAGCAACUCUUUAACGUGGGAACAUUGAACUAAUUUUGCAUCUAUCUUGCAGUGUCACAUUAGGUGAAAAGCCUGGCAGCAGAGCUAUUAUAAGAAAUGCUUGUAAACAUGUUCAGUGAUCGGAUCCUCUAAUGGCAGCCAAAAAUCCUUACAUUAAUAAACUGUCUUGAUAUGAAUGCUGGAGCCACAUUUUGCCAUCUUAAUAAAAAUUCAACUUUGGAAUAAAAGCAAUGGUUUCACUAACUAAA